GCCGGGACGUUAUACUGCCCAUUGGUGAGCUCUGAUAGACGUGAGGCCCAUGAUAAUCGUUUCGUUUCAAGAAUGGCGAUACAUAUACUGUCCUAGACGCCGUUGACUUUAACCCCGAUUCCUCCUUCUGAUCCUUUUGAAAUUUUACGAUUCUUUCAUGUCAGAUUGAAUUUGGUUUUUGCUGCAAUUCUGCUUUAUUGUUAUCUCGGUUCAUAAGAUUUCCUCUGGACUUGUUUCGGCUCAUAGAAGAUACCCCCGGCAACGGGAAAGCAAGCAGUCUUGCAAGUAUUCUUGUACUGCCCGAGUCCUCAAUUGACAUCCCCGCCCUUGUACUAGGCAGUAUGGCUACGACCCCCCUAACAGCCAUCAACACUCGGCUGGAUAUGUACCAAAGAGGUUUCGUGAAUCAACCGCGAGAUACUCUUCUCGGUUUCAAAGAAACACAGCAUCGUCCUGAGAGACCCUUAUCGUCCGCAACUGUAUUCGAUACUGACUUCGAGGAUGAUGUAAGCGAUGGUGAGGAAUUCGAAGACCGCCAGGAUACCCCACGAUAUGUAGAAGAGGCUCCAUAUGGUUCGGAUUUCGAGGAAGACUUGGACUACUCACGUCUGAGUUAUAGAUCAGGAGGUCGAGCGAGUGAAACUACAUUAUCCUCCUACGAAGAAGUAUUUACACCCACCUCGGCCACCAAUGAAUUCCAAUCCUUCAACUUCGACUUGGGCCCGAAAAAGCCGGUCGAGGGACCCCGGGGACCACAUUUGUUCCGCAGUUCUGUUUCCUCGUCGCUGGAUAUCCCGGAUCAAUAUGUUUUGGAAAUGUCACCAAUAAGUCCACAGCCAUCGAUACUCACACCGCGACACCAAAUCACCCCGCCUACACCAAUCUCACCAGAUAGUCCUACGAGGCGCCAAAGAUUGUCUCUAUUGACCGAAAAUAUCGCGAAUCUGAACCUGAACGAUAUCACUCACUGGACGCCGCGCCAGGUCGCAAGAUGGAUGCACGAUGCAGGCUUCGAAUGGUCGAUUGUUGAAAAAUUCGAGGAAAAUGACAUUUCUGGUGCGAUUCUGACCACUCUUAAAUUCGAGGAUCUCCGAGAAUUGGGCAUCUCAUCAUUUGGACAACGAACAAAAGUUUGGAACGAGAUUCACAUCUUGCGAGGAAGUGCUCCAAGUACACCCAAGCCAAUUACCCCCAUCGAAGAAACUUCUCCAGCUACAGAAUUCCGUUUGAGAAGAGAUAUAUCGGAAAGAGGUAGACAAGAGAAUUAUUUGAAUAAUCAAGAGCGAGGUCAAUCUCGAAGGCGCAAGGCUUCAAAAAGAGCACAUAAACACGAGACUGUUUUGCCUUUAGAAUCUAUUUCAAUUGUGGGCAUCGAACAACUUAUGCCGAAACCACACAAAUGCUCAAAGGGAGAAAAUUGUUCGAAGUGGAGGAAGCAACAACGGUUGAUCGCUGCUUUCAAUAAAGAUCAUCCGAUCAGUCCCGAAGAAGGAGGCUCGCUACUUAUUGCUGGAGAUCCAGGAAAUGCUCUUACAGCUCGUCCAAUCUCCGAUGCAGUGCCUUCGGUUGUUGCAUCUUCAGAUGUUCUUGGUCCCGGCUCCACUCCUGCCCUUCGUUAUCUGGAAGAGGAGAAUCUUAGAAAUGUUGGAUUGCGUGAUCCUCAAGAUAAUGUGAAGCAAUUCAUCAGAUUCCAGCAUCUCGCACCCAACCAAUCAUCCGAACAGCCUCCAACCCCUCCAUAUGAAAUGUUUCCACCACUAAAAGGGCCUAUUGCAGGGCUCAGGGGUUUGCCUAAACUUUCUAUUCCUCCACCUCGUCCUGAACAACCCAUUAGAUCCCAGAGUGCCAAUGGAUAUGGUCCUUGCAGUGCAACUGCUGUGCCAAACAGCGCAGUCGCGUUUUCACCUUAUCACAUGGACCGCGCAGAAGCUCUCUCUCCAGAGCUCCGCAACGAAACCCGCUCUCCUUCGGUCUAUCGAUUUGGUACCCCUUUUUCCGAGAUGGACGUGCCUGUUACCGCCGUACCCAUGAGUCCUGUCGCAAGAGAGGCUUCCCAGUCCGUCCCACCUAAUAUGACCUACCGCCCAAUCACCAACACAGCUACUAACGGCUCGAUGGCCAACUCCCUUCAACGCAGUCUUUCUCGUAUCUCCAACCGUCGUCCCUCACUUCUUCCCCGCGUUGAUGAAUAUCGAGCUACUCAACCAACCCAGCCUUCCCAGCCAGCCCAGGUCCAGAUCCUUCCCAAUGAACCGGCCUACACAUUUCCAGAAGGUUCAAACACCUCCAGGGAUUUUACACACCCAUCGGGUAUCGCAACCUCUAUCCGCGCCUACUCUACAACCGAUCCGUGGGCUCAGUUCGGCGGCCCAAAUCCCAAUCCAGCUCACAGCACCACAUCAAUACCCCUACCACCCCAUUCCUCCUCCACAUCUUCUUCCAACGCCUCUUCCCCAGAGAAAGAAACGCCUUCCUAUGCUGGCUGGAUGAAAAAGCGUCGCACCAAGAUGCUUCGUCACGAAUGGCACGAACACCACUUUACACUCCGCGGCACCACUCUCGCCAUGCACAAAGAUGCUCGCGCGCUGGAGGUUCUAGAAUACAUCGAUGUUGACGAUUACGCCAUCGCGUGUUCAUCUCUCGCCUCCUCUUCUAAACUCAACGCGGCGUUUAAACGAGUUAAUAUUGCGAUGGGACGCGGUAACGAUCGGGAUAAGAAAGUCGACGUUUUUGCUUUCCAAUUAAUCCCGCAGGCGAUUGAAAAGGGUGUGAGGUUGAGAAAGAGAGACAGCUUGAUGCCGAGUGGCAUGGCGAAUGCAGCAGCGAAUAACAAAACUCAUUAUUUUGCGGUGAGGAGUAGAGAUGAGAGGAUCGAUUGGAUGAGAGAGUUGAUGUUGGCGAAGGCGUUGAAACAGAAGAGUGAGGGGUAUGAGGUUAAUGUUAAUGGGAGUAUGAUUUAGAGCGUGGUGGAUUAUGACUUGAUGACUUGUUUGAUGAAUGGGUGGAUGGAUGGAUGGGCGGGGUUUGAUACCACAUUUUGAUUUGAUGAUGACCUUUUUUAUGAAUACCUUCUGUGAAUAGUGGAGUUUGGGCGAGAUUUCCUUUCUUUGUUGUAUCGAGACCUAUUCUUCUUCAAUCUUCCUCUCUUUUCUCUUUUUUUCGAUUCGUUUAGAUUGGCCCAAUAUCUCAUUUUUCAUGUCCUUCCUUCUCUCUUCUUUCAACGAAUACUCCGAGAGCAAUCUCCUUUCUGGGAAGGCGGCAUUGAUAUGGAGUUUCUUUUCCCCUUUUAGAUUGAAAACAUUAUCUCUUACUUCUUUUCUUUUCUUUUCCUUCUUUCAGUACAAUUUUGAGCAGCAAGCAAUUUGGUGUUGGCGAGACAGAGGAUCGGAAAAGUCAAUGAAUGGUAAACAGAAAGAUGGAUGGAUGAAUGGAAAAGAAUUACAUAAUUGUCGAGAGAAAUAUGAAUCUGGAUAUUCAUUUCGUUUAUAUAAUGACGGAGGUAUUUUGUUUUAUGUAGGUAGUUAGCUGGUUGGUUGUUGGUUGUUAGUUGUCAGUGGUAUUUAGGAAAUUGAAUGAUGGGCGGUUGUAUA